AUGGAUUCAUCAUCAGUAAAAUCAGUUGAUCUUUCACUUGAUCUUACUCAAGAACCCUUAACAUCAAAAAAAGAUCCUUUUGCUUUCUUUAAAGCUGCUUGUAAUAUGGUCGAGUUGGAUAAAUCAUUAACAACAAAUCAAAAUUUUAAUACUAAUAAUAAUUCAUCACCAGAUACACAAACUGAUCAAGAAAAUAAUAAUAAAAAUAUAUUUCCAUCCAUAUCUUUAACAACAACACCUAUACUUCCAUCAUCAAAUAAUUUUGAUUUACAAGCUGCUGCAGCAGCAAUAUUUAGUAUGCCACAAUUAAUGCAAAAAUUAACAGCUAACACAUCAGCAUCAUAUUUAGCAGCAUUACAAGCAACUGUUGAUGCAAGUGAAAUUCUUACACCACCACCACAAAAAAAAAUGUGUUUGAACAGUGACAUUCAACAAUUAUCAAAAUUUGAUAGUGUAUCAAAAAGUUUAAGUUCAAUAUUAAAUAAAAAUAUUGAUUCUAUUGGAAGAAUCUUCAAAGUUCCCAUACCAUCCUCCAUCUCAAUUGUUACAAAAAGUAUUAAAAAAAAGAUGGACUACUCAAACGUUGUGAAUUCUGCUGGCGGAAUUACAUCACCCCAGGAAUCUGCUUUACUUAAUCUAACUUGUCUUAGUAAUACAACUUCAAAUCUAAUAACAGAUAUUUCAAAUAAUGAUUCUCACCUAUAUUCAUCUAAUAAUAAUUUUUCUAAAACAUCCCUAUCUACUGAUAACAAUGCAAAAAGUAUUGCAGCAGCACUUGCUGCAGUAUCAACCGGUAAAAUUGGUACUGCCACAAAUUCAUUAACCCAAAGAUAUCAUCCAUACCAAAGAUCUUCACAUAAUGAUCCAUCCGCUUUUUUAUAUAAUCAACCAUCAUUAUGUUUAUCACAAACAUAUAAUGAUUCACCAACCCAUUUACAUCAAAAUUCAUCACUUCAUAAUCAAAAUUCUUAUGGUGGACCAACAUAUGAUCCUUGUUAUUAUUAUAAUAAUCAACAAGGACAAACAAAUUGUUAUAUAACACCUAGCCCUAAUCAAAAUUUAUAUUCAUCAUCUUCAGCUGUUGCUGCAGCAUCUUCUCUUGUUUGGCCUAGUGGUGUACCAAAUACAAAUAGUUUGACAGAUUCAUCUAAUAUUGGUGGUAAUUAUGGUCAUUGUUAUAGAACACAAACACAUGGAAUGUCAGGAUUAUAUGAUUUUUCACAUUCAAUAACAACAUCAUCAGCUGUUGGUCCUGUAUUUCCAGGUGUAAAUCAUCAUCAAGAUACAUUAUCAUCAGCAUAUGGGUUAAUUCCUAAUACAAAUUCUGGAUUUCCUCCAAAUAAUAUUCCAAUACAUAUAGCAAUAUCAAAUCCUCCAAUUUCAUUAAGUAAAGAAAGAAUGACUGAAUAUUUACAAAAUCGUGAAAAAUAUGAUUGUAAAAUUAUAAUUUAUCAUGCAAAAGUUGCGCAAAAAUCAUAUGGAAAUGAAAAAAGAUUUUUUUGUCCACCACCAUGUAUCUAUUUAGAGGGAGAUGGUUGGAAAUAUAAAAAAAGACAAGUUGAAGAAUUAUAUAGAAAAUAUAAAAUGAUUCGUGGUCAACAAAAUGUUGUUAUGACUGAUCAUGAAAAAGUUAUGGAUCAAUUAGCAUCAGAUUUAGUUGCAUUUAUUGGUAUUGGUUCACCAUCAGAACAAGAAAAACAACAAUUAGAUUUAAGUAAUGGUAAAGAUUACUGUGCAGCUAAAACAUUAUAUAUAAGUGAUAGUGAUAAAAGAAAGUAUUUUGAAUUGUCAGUACAAUUUUUUUAUGGUUCUGGUUAUGAUAUUGGUACUUUUUUGUCACAAAGAAUAAAAGUUAUAAGUAAACCUUCUAAAAAGAAACAAUCAAUGAAAAGUUCUGAUUGUAAAUAUCUUUGUAUUGCUUCUGGAACUAAAGUUGCAUUAUUUAAUAGAUUAAGAUCACAGACUGUCUCUACAAGAUAUCUUCAUGUAGAAAGUUCUAAUUUUCAUGCUUCUUCAACUAAAUGGGGUGCAUUUACUAUUCAUCUUGUUGAGGGUGAUGUAACUGAUGCAGAUGCUAAUGAUUUUAGAGUUAAAGAUGGUUUUGUUACUUAUGGGUCUAUUAUAAAACUUGUUGAUAGCGUUACUGGAUUAUCAUUACCGAGUCUUAAAAUACGUAAAGUAGAUAAACAUCAUGUUAUAUUAGAUAGUACUUCUCAAGAAGAACCUGUUAGUCAAUUACAUAAAUGUGCUUUUCAAAUUAUUGGUACUGAAAAGACGUAUAUUUGUUUAUCACAUGAUAGAAUCAUUCAACAUGAGGCUACAAUUGUUGAUAGUACUCGUCAUCAGAUAAAUGAUGGUGCUGCUUGGACAAUAAUUUCAACAGAUCAAGCAGAGUAUACAUUUUUUGAAGCAAUGGGUCCUGUAGCUGAUCCAAUAACUCCAUGUCCAGUUAUAAAUAGUAUAGAUGUUAUUGGUGAAGGAAAUUGUCCAAGAAUUGAAAUAACAGGAAUAAAUUUUUCACCAAAUCAUAAAAUAUGGUUUGGUUCAACUCCUGUAGAUACAAUUUAUAGAUCAACUGAACGUAUUCUUUGUAUGGUUCCACCAUUAGAAGCUGUCUCAUUAGAAUGGUGUAGAGAAAUUGGUAAACAAAUUGUUGUUCCUGUUAAUUUAGUACGUGAUGAUGGUGUUAUUUUUGGAAGUAAAGCAACAUUUACAUAUAAAACUGAAAAUAUUUCACCAACAAUUGGAAAACUUCAUCAUUCUAUUAAUUGUAAAACUGAAUAUUGA